AUGGCGACUGGCAAACAGCAAGUAUCCCCAUGGCAAUCUAUCCUCGCUGGGGGUGGUGCCGGCGGCCUUGAGAUAUCCGACAGAAUACCUAAAGACCCGUCAACAACUAUUUCAACCCGGCGGCGCACAGAAACAGUCGCUAAUACAGCUCCUCACCUCUACCAUUCGACAGCAUGGCGUCCGCGCGCUCUACACUGGAAGCGGCGUUUUCUGCGCCUCCAAUGCUUCCAAGUCCGCUAUUCGAUUCUUCACAUUCGACACGGCCAAACAGUUCAUGCCGACCGAUGGGAAGGGGAAAGUCACACCUUGGGAAAUAUCGGAGCCGGAUUGUUGGCCGGAGUGGCAGAGGCAAUUAUCGUGGUAACACCCGGGGAAACCAUCAAGACAAAGAUGAUCGAUGACCGUGCUGGUCCGAAAUUGUACAGAUCGACUGGCCAUGGAAUUGUUUCCAUUGUCAAAAAGGAAGGACUGCCAGGAAUAUACCGGGGCAUGAUCCCGGUUACAUUAAAGCAGUCUGCCAAUGCAAUGGUGCGGUUUACGAGCUACAACAUCUUCCUCAGUCGAAUGCAGGCAAUGUCUUUGCCUGCGUCAAUCUGUACGGUCCUCUCAGGUGCUAUGGCCGGUGUAGUUACCGUUUAUGCCACUAUGCCAUUUGAUUCGAUUAAGACGCGAUUGCAAGCUGUUGAUGGACACCAGCGGUACCGAGGCUCGCUAGAUUGCUUCCGCUCGGUGAUUACGCAAGAGGGAGUCUCUGCCUUAUGGAGGGGAACUACUCCACGGUUGGUUCGGUUGAGUGUUCGUAGAUCCCAACUUUCCCACGUUUGUCGGUUGUAG